GUAUUCAGUCUGAAGAAAACUAUUAAAUUCAAAAACUACAGACAGAUCGACUGUGACUUAGAACUGACAAAUGUAUUUCCUGCGAGGUCCUUUAAUAAGAAUUUCAUAUGUUUAUAAAAUAUUUAGAAAUCUCAAUUCCGAUUCCCCUUUCACGUGGAAAGUAGGAGACAAACUUUUAUCCUCCAAAGUAAUAAAUGAGCAAUCUUCAGGAAGAAUACAAAUAAACUCAAAGCAGGAAAUAAUAUUUCAAAAAUUACAAGAAAGCGAUAAAAGUAUUUACAGCUGCUGGCAAAAUAAUCAGCUAGCUGGAAGUAUCAAGCUUGAAGUUUCAUACAGCAUAGAAGUGAAAUUUGAUUAUCAUAUUGUAAUAAUUGGCGGAUUUGUUAUUUUAGGGACGUUCCUAAAAGUAUUUUGGAAUAUUUUUCGUAAUCGCUAAAACAAUUUUUUAAAUUUUACAAAAAAAGCAGAGAUCUCUUUGCUGAACAAAGCGCACCAAAUUUGAAUGAAAAAAAUUAAUUUUUGUUUACGGAUAAUGAGCUUUUUGUAAGCGGGACAUAUAUGUCCUACUAACACUGUUAGUGACUGAUACUAAAUAUAAUAAUAUUAUAAAGAAAUUUAAAA